AUUGAUGUGGUUUCUCUUAAAAUCUCCCAAAAUAGUUUUGGUCGUGCCCUCAGAUUUUUCAUCGGAGGCGGAAGACACGAAAACUAAGCUAUCAAUGAAAUUAAGAGCAAAACUACUCAUCGAUCACUUGACGUUCUUCCACGGAGGGCGAUCUGGAGUUUGAUGCCAAAAAUAAGUGAACAACUUGAUUUUAUUGACAGUAAGUCGAACGAUAGAAAUUAAAAAGCUUUAGUGAGUAAUUUUAAUCGAGACACGCAGCUUAUAUCUGUUCCUCUCUGGUUGUAUUCCUUUCAAACACUUUUCACACCACUGUAUUCGAACAGAUUAUAAGUAAAAAUUCAAUUAUGCAAGCUAGUGUUGCCAUGGUGACGCAACUGUUUACGCGAUCAAGAAGCAAAUUCGAGGUAUUUUUAGAAUGUCUCGCGAGAGCAAUUACUUCACUGCAGAGCAGACAGAAAACAAUUUAUGCAUAGUUUUUGGAUCAAGAGCUUCUUAGAGUUGAAACAACAAAGGCUACACUUUAAAUGCCGCGGAGAACAGGUCCAUUAACGCGUCAGGAAAUGGCUGGUUUGCAGAAAAUUUGACAAACUCAUAGAAGCUUUUUGCAAAGUUUAGGUCCGCACUGCCCUUCGUAGGAAGAGUCUGCAGUUUUUAAGGGAUAAUUUUUUUACACGGAUCGGUUGUAAUUAAUAAAUAGAGAUACAAUAAGAUCACGACGGGGCCGGAAGUGAGAAAUUAGCUGUGUUCGAAAGGGUUUCUAAGACAUUCGCUCCGGUGAGUGGAGAACGAAAGUUGCGUGCAAGAGGAAAAUGAACAGAUAAUAGCCCUGGAAUAGAACUUUAAGGAGACUUUCGUCUCGUCAUCGGAACGCACGCACACAAGCCUCCAAUGAAUAGACGGUAAUUCAGUCUUUUUGUUUCCCCAAGUGCCAGUCGGUGUUUUACUCUGUGAAGUAGCAAUGGCACUCUGUAAACGAGCAGUCCUUGGCCAUUAGCUUUGAAUCAACACUUCAACGCAAACAGAAAUUCGAAACAAUUUUCGACUGUUUGACUGUGUAAAUCUGCACAGAACGCCUCUCGACGCCGCGGAAGUCGCUCCAAACGCUUUCAUGAUGUUUUCUCAGUGACUUAUCGAGCUUUUGUUCAUUUGCCGAAAAAGAGCAGUUAAGACAAGCAAAGAAUUCCAACUAUUUCAAACGGCUGGUUUUAUUCUUUGGCCGAACGCUACUGCAAAAUUCCCUCCGAACGCAGUCCAUAUCGUCUGCACGCUCACCCAACACUUCCUAUCUACAAGGGUCUGCAGAUAUUCAUGUUUGUACAACUUUCUUCACAAAUAGCUCAAUAUUAGGAAGGGUGAUGGCUCGGUAAUAGGGGGGCUUGUCAGCAAAUACGUCGGCAUUUUAAAUACAUUUUUUUCACCCACAAAAAGCAAUUACUCGCCUUACAAUAUCGCCGCGGCUAAGUCUGGGUUAGGUCGCACGCGUAAAAGAGAGCCGAUUUUCACAUUGUUAAAGAGGCAGAAUUUAAAGAGGGAUAGAUUUCAAACUGUUUAAGAAGACCAAAGGAAGGAGGAAAUGGUCAUAAAACCAUAAUGACAGCUAAUCGGUGUAAAUUGCGGUUACACUUUCUAAUGCAAGUAGAUGAGAAGAGCUUUCACGAUGGAGACAGUUGUAAGAACGGUAACGUAUGUCACCAUCGUUUGCCUACUGAUUUGUUCUUCGCUGGCUCUACCGUCCAAGCAAGCUGUUAAGAAAGCCGAUUUUCACCGAACGUCCGUUAAACCAAACCAACAAGUGGCCAAGUCUACAAGCGUGCAAAAAAUGAACAUUCUCCAAGUUCCAACCAACACAAGAGUCGUUAGACUCUACAACAAGAAUGGAUUCUUUCUCAAGAUCUCCACGGCGGGAAAACUUAGAGGCACCACGAGCUUUCACAACCCAGACAGUGAGUACACGUUGAUUAAUCACAAAUCACAAAUUCAACAAGCUACUUUUGCACGAUCAUUCAUUCGGACGGUGCGCAAUGUUUUGAUCUGGUUGAUUUCUAUGCUAAUUAGAAGCACGCACAACCACAUACGGUUUACACUUGCUCGGCCAACAGAUGAAUGCUUGUUUAAAGAAAAACUGGGUGCAAAUCACUUCCACACGUUUGCCUCUCACAAGUACAGCGGGAAAAACCCAGGGAACAUCACCCACGAAUUCUACAUCGCUAUCAAGAAAAACGGAAAACUAAAACACGGAGCAAACACAGCAGCGAUCCAAAAAUCUGUCGACUUUAUGGUGGUGCCGAAAAAGAGGUAACAGAGGAAACGCGAACAUAAGUACAACUCGAGGUACGGAGCAGCGCCGUGGAGGAAAACGCUCGUCAAGUUGUUACAACAGUGAUGGCGGAGAAGUGAACAAAGAGAGAAAGUGCUGUGUAAUGAUCACAGAUCAACUUAGCAAAGACUAGGAACACGAUAUGAGACGAAUUUGAGAAAUAUCUCAACAUAUAGAAAGCACGUUGCCACUGGAAUAGAGUUCCCACUGGAAAAAUCAAAAGUGACAACAAUUAUUACAGUAUGAUUCCCUUGAAGAACCUAGACAACAACCGAUUCUAAAAAAGGAACUGAUCAACGGUGAGAUCCGGAAGAGGUUGCGGGACAUGAAAUAACUCCAAUGUACUUCACCAACAAAGGCCCGGCUUUAACUAAUAGCUUUCUUUAAAAAAAGAGUUGCAAAGUGCCUGAGCAUGCCAAACCUUUUCGUACCUCGCGGAGGCUGAUUAUGCAACGACUCAUGGGGGGCUAAAAACUCAAUGGUAACAACAGAAGAAAUACCAACUAUAUCUAUACGUAACAUUGUGGAACACUGAACCGAGUUAGCAGCAAUGCAGUAAACGCCACUGUUGCAAUAUAGAAAAGCCAAAUGACUACAGUGAAAUGACACUACGAAUUUGUGGGUGAAUGGCGUUAUUUUCUAGAGGAAGCCCUUUUAGGCCUAAAAGGAUACUUUGGAUAUGGGGAAAAACAAUGUAUGUUGUUAAAUACUGAUCAAAGGGGGGGGNGGGGAGGAUGCUACCUCUUUAAAUAUGAAGGAUGCUUUUACGUUUAUCUCAAAGAAAAGAGUUUUUUUUUUUCUGGUUGCGCUAUGGAAAUAUUGUUGUGUGGCAAGAGAAAACAGAAACUACAGGCUGUAUAUAAUUAUUCAACUCUCAAUACGUUUGUCCGACCAGCAUAACUAUUUAAAGCGAAUUUUAAAAUCUGAGACACAAAUGUUAUAUUUAAAGGCUGGAGUUACUGGUAAACGAGGUCAGAUAUAAGGACAACGUUUCGAUGAGUAAAGAUAACCUAUUUUACCGGUUGCUGGCCAAACAUGUCAACUGAGGGUGAAAAAUCGUGUUUUAUAUUGUUUCGAAUGUACUUUGGUGAGAGAAAAUAUAUACAUGGCAUCGAACCGUUUGAAACUUUGCGCGGAAGAACAAACCUAAAUUUAAGAGUUAUAUAUACAAGAAACAAGACAUGCCAAGGUCGACCUGUUUUGUCUAACAUUCCAAAAGAUAUCAUGUAGCAAAAUAUUUAUGUACAAGAAAAUAAAAGAUGCAGAUAACGACAGAAUAAACAACGUUGUAAAUAGUAUUGGAAAUUUUAAUUUAAUUUCACUUGUUCACAACGAUUGCAAACAGUUAACAUUUCCAUCGGAAAAGACCAAGGUUUGGUCAAUGUCUAUGGUUGCUUGGAAUUCAAAUGAUAUGAAAUAUAUGUUAAAUUAAAAAUGUAAGCGUCGUAAAUCAUACGUUUACAGAAAUUUUUUAUACCGUAUUUUAAUAAAAAUGUGAUUGAAUUUUAA